GCCAUCAUGCUGCGGGCUGUCAGGCACCGGCGGUGGCUCCGUCUCCCAGCACCGGCGCCUUCUCGUGAGUCGGGCUGUGGGUGCGGCCGUGGCCAGCACAGCGGAUCCCGGGGAACCUCCUCUUACCCUUCCCUGUUUGGCGGCGCCGUUCCGGGGGUCUUGAAUGUUUUCGACCGAGUGUUGAAGAGGAAACAGAAGAACUGGGCGGCCCAGCAGCCAGAGCCUCUGAAGUAUGACUAUCUGAAGGAAGAGGUUGGUGGUCGUGUUGCUGACCGUGUAUAUGAUAUAGCCAGAGAUUUUCCCCUUGCUUUGGAUGUUGGCUGUGGAAGAGGUUAUAUAGCACAUCAUUUAAAUAAGGAAGUUGUUGGAAAAUUUUUCCAAGCAGACAUUGCAGAAAAUGCAUUGAAAAAUGCCUUAGAAACAGAAAUACCUACUGUUCGUUUGUUAGCUGAUGAAGAAUUUCUUCCCUUCAAAGAAAAUACAUUUGAUCUGGUUGUUAGCAGUUUAAGUUUGCAUUGGGUGAAUGAUCUUCCUAGAGCAUUUAAACAGAUUCAUCAUGUUUUAAAACCAGAUGGAGUAUUUAUUGGCGCAAUGUUUGGAGGAGAUACACUCUUUGAACUUCGAUGUUCUUUACAGUUAGCAGAACUGGAAAGAGAAGGAGGAUUUUCUCCACACAUUUCUCCUUUCACUGCAGUUAGUGAUCUGGGCCAUCUGCUGGGAAGAGCUGGUUUUAACACACUGACUGUGGAUACUGAUGAAAUUCAAGUUAAUUUUCCAGGAAUGUUUGAGGUGAUGGAAGAUUUACAAGGUAUGGGAGAGAGUAAUUGUUCUUGGAAUAGAAAACCUUUGCUUCAUAGAGAAACAAUGUUGGCAGCUGCAGCAAUUUAUCGAGAAAUGUAUGGAAAUGAGGAUGGCUCAGUACCUGCAACUUUUCAGAUCUAUUACAUGAUAGGAUGGAAAUACCAUGAUUCACAGGCAAGACCUGCUGAGAGAGGUUCAGCAACAGUAUCAUUUGGUGAUUUGGCAAAAAUAAAUAAUCUUAUGUCUCAUGGGAAGAAAUAGCUUUUGAUCACAAUAAAAAAUUCAGUGUUGA